GCACGCGGCGGGGCGACCGGAGAGCCCCAGCGCGGGAAAUGCCCCUUCUUGCCCUUCUAACCCGGGACGGGGGUCAGUGCCACCGAGAGGGAACUACCGCCUCCGGAGAGGGGGCGCGGGGUCCGAAACCCCAGGGAACGCCGGACCCGGGGGAGGCGCUGGGGCCUCGGGUUCGGGAUGGAGUCCCGAGAGCCGACCUGGCGCGGCCGAGUGGCGGCGCUGAUCCCAGGUACCUGAAAGGCCAGCGGACCUCGGGAGGGGGCGCCCGAUCCCGCGGCUCCGGCGCCGCUUCCCGGGAAGUUUCAAGUUUUGAAAGUCUCGGCGGAGGGGCCGGGGCUUCCGGAACCCGGCUGGUGGAAGGAGGGGCCGAGCAGUCGGAGUGGCGCCAUGGAGGAGGGGGCGCCGCGGCAGCCUGGGCCGGGCCGGCGGCCGCCGGAGGAUGAGAAAGAGGUGAUCCGCCGGGCCAUCCAGAAGGAGCUGAAAAUCAAGGAGGGCGUGGAGAACCUGCGGCGGGUGGCCACGGACCGCCGCCACCUGGGCCACGUGCAGCAGCUGCUCCGGUCCUCCAACCGCCGUCUGGAGCAGCUGCACGGGGAGCUGCAGGAGCUCCACACCCGCAUCCUGCUGCCCGGCCCCGCGGCUGAACCCGUGGCCCCAGGACCCCAGCCUCCGGCGGAGCAGCCGAGGGCCCGGCACCUGGAGGCUCUCCGGAGGCAGCUGCAGGUGGAGCUGAAGGUGAAGCAGGGCGCCGAGAACAUGACCCACACCUAUGCCAGCGGCACGCCCAAGGGGCGGAAGCUCCUGGCAGCUGCCCAGCAGAUGCUGCGGGACAGCCAGCUGAAGGUGGCCCUGCUGCGCAUGAAGAUCAGCAGCCUGGAGGCCAGUGGGUCCCCCGCGCCAGGUCCCGAGCUGCUGGCGGAGGAGCUGAGGCACCGACUGCGCAUCGAGGCUGCCGUGGCCAAGGGCGCCAAGAACGUGGUGAAGCUGCUGGGCAGCCGACGAACGCAGGACCGCAAGGCGCUGGCCGAGGCUCAGGCCCAGCUCCAGGAGUCCUCCCAGAAGCUGGACCUCCUGCGGCUGGCCUUGGAGCAGCUGCUGGAAGGGCUGCCUCCUGCCCACCCCCUGCGUGGCAGAGUGGCCCGGGAGCUGCGGACGGCUGCGUCUGGGAACCCUCCACCCGCAGGGAUGCUUGUAAAGCCCACCGCAGUAACAGGGACGCUGCAGGUCCGCCUCCUGGGCUGUGAGCAGCUGCUGACAGCUGUGCCCGGCCGGUCCCCCGUGGCUGCGCUAGCCGGGAGCCCCUCGCCGGGCUGGCUUCGGGGCAGGACCAGGCAGCAGCGUGGCGGAGGCGAGCUGGCCAGUGAGGUGCUGGCCGUGCUGAAGGUGGACAAUCGUCCCGUGGGCCAGACGGGUUGGGGGCCGGUGGCCAGGCAGUCCUGGGACCAGACCUUUGUCAUCCCCCUGGAGCGGGCCCGAGAGCUGGAGGUCGGGGUGCGCUGGCGGGACUGGCGACAGCUGUGCGGCGUGGCCUUCCUGCGGCUGGAGGACUUCCUGGACAAUGCCUGUCACCAGCUGACCCUCAGCCUGGUGCCCCAGGGGCUGCUCUUUGCCCAGGUAACCUUCUGCGACCCUGUCAUUGAGAGGAGGCCCCGGCUGCAGAGGCAGAAACGGAUUUUCUCGAAGCGCAGGGGUCAGGACUUCCUGAGGGCUUCCCAGAUGAACCUCAGCAUGGCAGCCUGGGGGCGCUUGGUCAUGAACCUGCUGCCCCCCUGCAGCUCCCCGAGCACGAUCAGCCCUCCCAAAGGGUGCCCCCAGACCCCGGCCACACCUCGGGGGGCCGCCUCCCCUGCCUCUCCCAGUAAUGUCCCACCCAAGAAGACCCCCUUGGGAGACGAGAUGAGUCCCCCCCCCAAGCCCCCGCGCCUCUACCUGCCCCGGGAGCCAGCCCUCGAGGAGACGCCGCGCACCAAACGCCCCCACAUGGAGCCCAGGACCCGACCCCGGCCGGCACCGCCAGCCUCAGCCGUCAGGAAACCGCCCCGGCUCCAGGACUUCCGCUGCUUGGCCGUGCUGGGCCGGGGACACUUCGGGAAGGUCCUGCUGGUGCAGUUCAAGGGGACGGGGAAAUACUACGCCAUCAAAGCGCUGAAGAAGCAGGAGGUGCUGAGCCGGGACGAGAUGGAGAGCCUGUACUGCGAGAAGCGGAUCCUGGAGGCCGUGGGCCGCAUGGGGCACCCCUUCCUGCUGUCGCUCCUCGCCUGCUUCCAGACCGCCAGCCACGCCUGCUUCGUGACGGAGUUUGCGCCGGGUGGGGACCUCAUGAUGCAGAUCCACGAGGACGUUUUCCCGGAGCCCCAGGCCCGGUUCUACCUGGCCUGUGUGGUCCUGGGGCUGCAGUUCUUACAUGAGAAGAAGAUCAUUUACAGGGACCUGAAGCUGGAUAACCUCCUGCUGGAUGCCCAGGGUUUCCUGAAGAUCGCGGACUUCGGGCUGUGUAAAGAAGGGAUCGGCUUUGGGGAUCGGACCAGCACCUUCUGCGGCACCCCGGAGUUCCUGGCCCCCGAGGUGCUGACCCAGGAGGCCUACACGCGGGCCGUGGACUGGUGGGGGCUGGGCGUGCUGCUGUAUGAGAUGCUGGUGGGCGAGUGCCCGUUCCCGGGGGACACCGAGGAGGAGGUGUUCGACUGCAUCGUCAACGCGGACGCUCCGUACCCCCGCUUCCUGUCGGCGCAAGGGCUCGAGCUCAUUCAGAAGCUCCUCCAGAAGUGCCCGGAGCAGCGCCUGGGGGCGGGCGAGCAGGAUGCCGAGGAGAUCAAGGCGCAGCCUUUCUUCAGGACCACCGACUGGCAGGCCCUGCUCGCCCGCGCCGUGCAGCCCCCCUUCGCGCCCACGCUCUGCGGCCCCACGGACCUGCGCUACUUCGAGGGCGAGUUCACGGGGCUGCCGCCCGCCCUGACUCCGCCCGACCCCCGCAGCCCCCUCACUGCCCGCCAGCAGGCCGCCUUCCGGGACUUCGACUUUGUGUCCGAGCGGUUCCUGGAGCCCUGAGGGGCCUCUCCCGCGUCCCUGCCCCCCCGUGUGUCCCAGUGCCACCCAGACGGUUAGGGCCUCCCUUGCCCACCGGUCUGCCCGGCUGUGCGCCCUGCCCAGGAGGCCCAGGCCUUGCCCGGUAUUCACUGGCCCUUGGGACUCGGGCCGGGGCCCUGGGGCUGCGUGGGGCUGGGCAGAGCGGUCCCCUCCCCGCCACCUGCCCCUCCUCUGCCUCCCAGCCAGACCUGGGCCAGAAAGGGUGGCACAGCGAGGAGUGGUUUGGUUUGUUUUUUUUAAUACUUGACUUGCUUAAUGGGUUAUUAAAUGUAUAAAACU